AUGGGAGGCACAAAACGUAAGAUCAAGAUCGAGAGAAUCGAAAAGAAAAGUGUUAAAUCUGUUGCUUUCACGAAACGCAAAAACGGUCUCUUCCGUAAAGCUACAGAGCUCUGUCUUCUCUCUCCCGCAACUCAAAUCGCAAUCUUAGCGACUCCUCUUACUGCCAACUCUCAUGCUUCUUUCUACUCUUUAGGCCAUCCCUCUGUCGACCAAGUUGUGUCUUCUCUGCUCAACGAUCAGCCUCCUCCUCCGGUAAACCAAGAGAAUUACAACAGUUCAGGGUUAGAGUUUUGGUGGGAAGACAAAGGUUUUGAUAUAUCAGAGAACGUGGAAGAGUUGAAAGAGGCGGUCGAUGCAGCUUCGAGGAUGUUGAACAAUGCUAGGGUUCGGUUAGAUGAUGCCUUGAAGAACAAUCAAAGAGAUGGAAGUUUAGUGAUGCAUCAGGAGGAUGAGGUUCUUCAGCUUGGCAACGAAUACACAAAUCAAAUUCCCAAGUUCCAAGGCGAAACUUCUGCUUCUGCAAGUUUGUUAAAGUAUGAAGAGGAUAAUCUACACCUUGAUGAUUUUUUUACUGAUUUCAAAAUUGAUCCUUUUUGA